UAGACUCCCGGACGCCUGGGUUCCUGCCAGGUUAACUCCAUAAGGUCUGGAAGGAGUGAUUACCCCACCCCCACCUCCCUGUUGGUGGACAGGGGGCGGGGGGGAAUGGGGAGCCCUGAGCAUUGGAAGGAGGGGAGAUUGCUUGGAGGGGAUGCGCCGUUUCUGAGCACUCCGGUAAUUGCCAAGUCAGAUUUUGCGUGCUCCUGGACCAGGAGGGAUGGAGGGAUAGUGAAAGAAGAAGAGCGAGGUAGGGAGGAGGGGCAUCUGCUGGAGGAAAGAAGGUGAAAGAGAAAGAGACGGCGAGAGAGCCAGGGUGAAGCCCCCUCGGAGCGACAGAACCAGACAGCACCCAGCCGGAGCAAUAGAAAGACGGAUCGCAAGGAGAGAGAACGAACAGCAGAGAGAUCAAAGGAGGCAGUGACCGAGCGAGACAGAGCCCGGCCGGAGCAAGAGAACGAGAGAGGAUAGGAUAGGAGGAGAGAGAAGGAGACAGUGCAGGAGCGACAGAACGAAUUGGAGCCUGGACAGAGGGAGACACUCAGAAUUUCUGAAAGGGAAGAGUGACGGAGAGAGAGAACAAACCAGCAGCUGGCUGCAGUGAUAAAUUGAGACUCUCCAGAAAAAAGGAAUAAGACGGCAAGGACAGAGAGAGAGAAGGAGGCAGAGUCCAGACAGAUGUAGUCUUGGAAACUCUGGAAGGGAGGAACCUGGAAGGGGUGAGGAAGGAGUAGAAUAAGCCAGCGCCCUGCCAGAGUGAGACGCAUCCCAGAUGGAGAGAGAGAAGGAGAAUUUCUGAGAGGGAAGAACGUGAAGAUAGCGACAGAGCAACAGAACGAGUCAGGGUCCAGACAGAGAAAUAGACUUGGACCCUCUAGAAGAGAAGAACGUGGAAGGCAGCGAUGAAGUGGUAGAAUGAGUUGGCGACAUGAUGGAGCGAUAGAACGAGACACAGCCCAGAAGGAGUGAUAGAAAAAGGGAGCACUUUCUUGGAGCAGUAGAAUGGACAGAGAGCUAGAAGGACUCAAAAUCCAGAGAAAGCGAUAGAGCGAGCCAGAGCCCAGAAAGAGGAAUAGGAGGAGGCCUGGACAGGGUGACAGGACACGAGCCUGGUCAGAGGGACAGAAGGAUACAGCUCCCGGAUGUGGCAAUAGAAUGAGCUGGUUCCCAGACAGAGCGAUAGAACGAGCCGGCACCUUGACAGAGCGAUAGAACGAGCCGGCACCUUGACAGAGCGACAGAACGAGGCGGGGCCUGGACGGAGCAAUAGAACAAAGCGGGGCCCGGACGGAGCGAUAGAAGAACGUAGGGCCCGGGUGGAGUGAUAGAACGAGGCGGGGGCUGGACAGAGCGAUAGAACAAAGCGGGGCCCGGACGGAGCGAUAGAAGAACGUAGGGCCCGGGCGGAGUGAUAGAACGAGGCGGGGUCUGGACAGAGCGACAGAAGGAGCCGGUGCCCGAGCGGAGCAACAGAAGGAGCCGGUGCCCGGGCGGAGUGAUAGAACGAGCCGGGCCCCGGACAGAGGGAGCUGGCCCCACCCUGGGCCCCAUGGCACACGCUCCCCCGCCCCCCAGCGACAUCCCACGCAACCUGAGCUACAUCGCGGGGCUGUACGAGCGGGCAUACUACCGCACGGUCCGGCCCAGCCUGGGCGAUGACUCUGACUCGGAGGCCGAGGGGCGGGCCCGGGGGGCCCGGCCGAGGGGGCGCCAGAGCCGCACGGGCAGCAGGUGGGGGCACCGGCGUCGCAGGGCCCGCUCUGCCCCGGCCGGGGGCCCUGGUGGGGGAUCCCGCAGCCGCAGCCCCGGCUCCCGCAAGCGGGUGCGCUUCGCUGACGCCCUGGGGCUGGAGCUGGCCAGCGUGAGGCGCUACUGGCCAGCCGAGCUGCCCCAGGUCCCCGAGCGCGUGCACACCCAGCUCCGGCGUGACGCCCUGCGCCACUUCGCCCCCCUGCAGCCCUUCCAGGACUCCCAGGACCCGCUGGCUGGGCGCCUGCCGCUGACACCGUGUUUCUGGGACCCGCUGGGGCUGCCGGACUUCGGGGCACGGCUGGGGGCGCAAGGCGUGUGCCUGGAAGGGGUGCGGGCUGGGGGGCUGGGGGUGGCGGGGACCCUGCGGGUUCUCAACCUGGCUUAUGAGAAGCGGGUCAGCAUCCGCUACACCUGGGACGGCUGGGCCAGCUACCGGGAGGCCCCCGCCGCCUACGCCGGGCCCUCCGCCGGCCCCCCGCCCGGCCCCCCCUCUGACCGCUUCGCUUUCCGCCUGCCCCUGCCCCCUGGGGGCACCCUGGAGUUCGCCCUGCGCUGCCACGUGGGGGGCCAGGAGCUGUGGGACAACAAUGGGGGGCAGAACUACAUCCUGCGGGGCGGGGGACGGGCCGAGGGGCCCCCCAGCCCCCCACACGACGGAGAAGGGGGCUGGAUACAUUUCCUGUAGGGGGCUGCACAACUGGCUUCCCAGGGGACACAGACUUCAUGGGGGGGCCCACAACCAGCUCCUCCCAUCCCCCAGAUCCACAUCCUCUGGGCUAGGCCCAGGGGGGGGCUGCAAUUCACCCCAAAGCAGGAAUAGGUGGUGAGAUACAGGGGGGGUGGGGGAGACAGGUCUUCCAGGAUGGCAGGGUCCAGGGGAGGGUGG